UCACAGAUCCACAGAAACGACUAACCGAUACUUCUUGGAAUAUCUACACAACAUGGCCAUUAUCGCCACUCUCAACGAAAGUGAAUCAGCUGAGAACACAGUGAGCAAUGAGAUAAUCGACACGGACGACAAUUGUCAGAGCCAGGUUCCACCGGUAGCUAUCGUCGGUCUGGGCAUGAGAUUGCCUGGGGCCAUUCAUACUGCCGAACAACUAUGGAAGACCCUAGUUCAGAAACGCUCAACACGGUGCGAAAUUCCAGCUUCAAGAUUCUCGGUAGACGGAUUUCAUAGUCCAUCAGCCAAACCGGGUUCAGUAGCUAUGCGACAUGGACACUUCUUGGAUGAUUCUGACGAUCUUCAUCAUCUUGAUACAUCGCUCUUUUCUAUGGGAAUUACCGAAGUGAAAGAUAUUGAUCCGCAACAGCGAAUGUUGCUCGAAGUCGUCUACGAGUGUAUGGAAUCAUCGGGUCAGGUCAACUGGCAGGGUAGCAAUAUUGGAUGUUACGUUGGGGUUUGGGGAGAAGACUGGCUCGACCUUCAUGCUAAAGACUUGUUUGACGCGGGCACAUAUCGAGUAUCCGGUAGUCACGACUUUGCGAUUUCCAAUCGCAUUAGCUAUGAAUACAAUCUCAAAGGCCCAUCGUACACCAUAAAAGCCGGCUGCUCAUCAUCAUUGAUUGCGCUUCACGAAGCUGUGCGAGCCAUUCGGGCUGGAGACUGUGAUGGAGCCAUCGUCGCUGGCACGAAUCUUAUCUUCUCACCGACUAUGUCGAUGGCCAUGACAGAGCAAGGUGUACUAUCUCCAGAUGCCUCUUGUAAAAGUUUCGAUGCCAAUGCAAAUGGAUAUGCUAGAGGCGAAGCUAUCAAUGCUAUUUUUCUGAAAGGCUUGAGUAGCGCACUUAGGAAUGGAGAUCCCAUUCGUGCUGUUGUCCGAGCAACAUCUUCGAACUCAGAUGGCAAGACCCCGGGAAUGUCUAUGCCUAGUUCGGAAAGCCACAUGACUCUAAUACAGCACGCAUAUCAUGAAGCGGGCUUGAACCCUAAAGAUACGGUUUUUGUUGAAGCUCAUGGAACGGGGACUCCAGUAGGCGAUCCGCUGGAAGCAAUCGCCAUCUCACGUGUAUUCGGAGGCAGGAAAGAACGACCAUUCUAUUUGGGAAGCGUCAAGCCAAACCUUGGCCAUAGUGAGGGAGCCUCGGGUAUAUCCUCUGUUCUCAAAGUGGUACUGGCCCUGGAGAAUCGGAAAAUUCCUCCCAACAUCAAUUUUUCGAUACCGAAUCCCAAGAUCCCGUUUAAUGAAGCCAACAUGGUAGUUCCCUGCGAGGUUCUCCCUUGGCCGGAAAACCAACCUCUUCGUGCCAGUGUUAACUCUUUCGGCAUUGGAGGUGCAAAUGCACACUGCAUUAUAGAGAGUAUCGACCAGUUCCUCAGCGAUAAUCCAGUUCAGAAAGCCAAAAUAUUAGACAUCAAGAAAGGUCACACCGAGCUACGAUGCAGCUUGGCAAACAAGUUCUUAAGCGACGACUUUAACGGCCUCAAAUCAAACAGGGAAGCUGGUGCAUCUGAUACCACUGGUCAUGGAUUGCAUACGCCAAGAAAAGUACUGUAUGCGAUAUCUGCGGCUAGUCCUGCCUCUCUAAAGAUGAGGGUACUUGAACACCAGAAAUACCAGCAACAGAACAAAAAGAACCAGCUAGACGUUUCGUACACGCUUUGCAACCGGAGGGAGCACUUGUCUCAUCGCGCGUAUAGUGUUGUUUCUACCAUCUCACUGGAAGGCGAAAGUCAACCAGCGCUUGAGUUUUCUUCUCCAGCCAAGGUAGCAAACGCUAAAGUGGAUGUGAACAUGGUUUUCACUGGCCAGGGAGCCCAGUGGGCUGGGAUGGCAAGUGAGCUUCUACAAGACUAUUCCCUCUUUCGCGAUACCAUUAGUUAUUUAGGUCGUGUUUUGUCACAGCUCGAGCAUAGUCCAACUUGGGAUCUUACAGAGGAGCUGAGAAAGCCAGAGGCUACCAGCAGAAUAGGCGAAGCUGAAUUCUCACAGCCGCUUGUCUGUGCUGUUCAAUUAGCUUUAGUUGACCUGUUGCGAGACUGGUGCCUUCUGCCGACCGCUGUUGUCGGCCAUUCUAGCGGUGAGAUCGCGGCUGCAUAUGCUGCAGGUGCCAUUACUUCCGCCGAGGCCAUCACUAUUGCAUAUUACCGCGGAUACGUGAACAAAGGCAUUAAAAAAUCCGGAGGGAUGGCCGCAGUUGGUUUGGGAGCGCAGCAAGUCAUUCCAUAUCUAGCUGAUGGGGUGGUUGUCGCAUGCGACAACAGUCCACAGAGUAUCACGAUCUCUGGAGACAAAGACGUUCUCCAAGACGUAUGCAGAGUGAUAAAAGAGAAGGAGCCAGAUGCUUUGGUGCGCCUUUUGAAGGUUCCAGUAGCAUAUCAUUCCCAUCACAUGCACGACCUAGGAGAUAGUUUCGAAAGUCUGUUGAAGGGCAAGCUACACAGCAAGGUUCCUGUGAUCCCAUUCUUUUCCAGUGUGAAGAGUAAACAGCUUCAAGAACCUGGAUCUCUCAAUGCUGCAUACUGGCGCGAGAAUCUAGAAAACCCGGUGCUCUUUACCGACGCGGUGAGCCUUCUUCUCAAAACUCAGUCAUCAUCUUCUAGGAGCGUUUUCAUCGAAAUCGGUCCACACAGCGCUCUAGCGGGUCCUCUCCGUCAGAUAUUUAAGGCUCACGGCACUGGCCAGCAAGCAUACGCAACGGCAUUGACCCGUGGAAAAGACUCCGCUGAAUCAGUACUCAAACUUGCUGGAGAGUUAUUCGUCCAAGGUGUACCUAUGAACUUGUCCCGUAUCUCGCCUAUGGGGAAUGUGGUGACGGACCUACCACUGUAUCCAUGGAACCACGAGAAAGAAUUUUGGGCCGAGAGCCGCAUAAGUAAAGAGUGGAGGUUCCGCAAGUACCCUCAGCAUGAGCUUCUAGGCUCGAAGACUCUUGAGAGUAGCAAGUUUCAGCCUGCAUGGCGAAAUGUCCUAAGACUUGAAGCGGUACCCUGGCUACGCGAUCACCAGGUCCUCAACGACGUGAUUUUUCCCUGUGCAGGUUACCUUUCCAUGGCUGUUGAGGCCGUUCGCCAAGCGACUGAGAGUACUGAAGUCGACGGAUUUAUCCUAAAGAAUGUCAUCGUACGGUCUGCAUUGGUGAUGACCGAUUCCAAGCCAAUCGAAUUGUUGACAACCCUGCAACCUGUACGACUUACCAAUACGCUUGACUCAAAUUGGUGGGAGUUUAGCAUCAUGUCACACAAUGGCUCAAACUGGAUGAAGCAUUGUGAUGGCCAGGUCAGAACGAAUCGCGACGCGGAUCAGUUUAAGGAAGCAACAUCCCAGCACUUGUCAACAAUUAAUAAUGAAGCCUAUCCCCGCACUGUAAACGACUUAUAUCCCCAGCUUCAUAGGCUUGGACUAAGAUAUGGACCCUGCUUCCGUGGACUCGAAGAUGUUAAAUGUCAGCCAAACGGCAAGAGAGCCAUGGCUACAUUGAGCAAGAUGGCCAUCUCAGAAUCGUCGUAUGCGAUCCACCCCGCUACGAUUGAUCAUUGCCUCCAAUUGUUCUUUCCUGCUAGUUGCGAAGGUAUCUUCUACCGUGCUGAAAAGCUAUGUGUGCCAACAGUCAUCGGUAAUCUAUAUUUAGCAGACGGCAAGGCAACGGAGGUUGAGGGGUCCCAGAUCGAAGCAUCAUCCUCAUUAACCUCGGGGGGAACAAUCUCCGGAAACGCCAAGGUAUUUUCCAAGAAAAAUGGAGCUGUUUUGCUGCAACUAGAGGGUGGAAAGUUCUCUCCUAUUGAAUCUACUGAACCAAAUGACAGCAAUUCUGAAUCCAUCGCAGCAGCCCAACUCACUUGGAAGUCACAUCUUGAUCUUGCCGAUAUGGAGAGCCUGAUUCGACCAAACCCAGCUUUGAUAAACGACAAUCACGACCUCGAUCUUGUGGAAAAGUUAACUCUUCUCUCCAUCUUUGUUGUCAAAGAGCGCAUGGAAAGCAUUCCUUCACCCCCACAUCUUGAACACAUGGGCAUGUUCCGCAAAUGGAUCCAUGACCAGGCAGCCCGGCUGAUUAAAGACCACUCUAAACUUCAACCUGAAGCCCGGAAGAUCAUAUCUUUGGAGCCUAGUGCUCGGCUCUCACUUCUGGUCGAAUUGCGACAGGAGAUCAUGAAAUCAGGAGCCGCUAGUGCGGCAGUUCUGAUUGGCCGUAUCAUUGACCGUUGCGAAGAUCUCUUGCGAGGCUCUAUUGACGGCAUUGAAGUGCUACAAGCAGACAAUGGUCUAACGGAUUAUUACAACUACGUAGAGUCACGCACUGAUUCCGUGGAUUUCUUCGUCGCUGCUGGCCAUACACGACCGACGCUUCGUGUCCUUGAGAUUGGCGCUGGUACAGGGGGUAGCACUCAGGUUAUCCUUGAGGGUUUAAUGAGUAAAAACGGAGUCGAUCGACUCUACUCUACCUAUGCUUAUACCGAUAUUUCUGCUGGAUUUUUCGUCAAUGCCCGUGAACGGUUCAAGGCCUAUCCCGCUCUGGAUUUCCGGGUUCUCGAUAUCACCAAGGACCCCGUCGAGCAAGGAUUCGAGGCGGCAUCGUUCGAUUUGAUCAUCGCCGGCAAUGUUCUUCACGCCACUCCAUCGCUGAGUGAGACACUGGCAAAUGUGCGCAAACUGCUUGCUCCUGAGGGCUACCUUUUCCUUCAGGAAUUAUCCCCAAAGAUGCAAAUGGUUAACUUUAUCAUGGGCAUCUUGCCAGGAUGGUGGCUUGGAGCUGGAGAAGGCAGAUACACAGAGCCUUAUCUGACGCCAGAAAAAUGGGACGCAGUCCUGAAGCAAGCUGGCUUUUCAGGCACCGAUGCUGCCAUAUACGAUGCGCCGAGUCCUUACCACAUCAACGCCAAUAUUAUUUCCCGACCUGCGAGAAGCUCGCAAGUUCAUAAUACCAUCGAUGAUUCAAGCAUAAAUAAUGUAGGCCAAGACAAUAAACGUCCACGAGUGACCUUGUUGUAUCGUCUAUGCGAUGAGGAUUGUGAGCGCGUCGUACGGCUGCGUUCUUCGAUCGAAGAGAAGGGCUUCCGAACAAUCCUGAGGAGCAUAGAGCAACAUCAGGAGAUUAAAUCAGAUGAUCAAGAGUUGUUGGUAUCAUUGCUCGAUAUCAGGAAGCCGUUCCUCGAGUCCAUAUCGGAAGCCAAUCUAACAGCUUUACAAGCAAUCGUCUCAAGUCUAGGCAGUACGCCAAUGCUCUGGAUCAUGCCACCAGCACAAAGGAAUGUCGGUCGCGACGGAAACCCUAGUUUUGGGCUAUCCUUGGGACUCCUACGCACACUGCGCAACGAGCGUUCCGUUGCCAUUACCACGCUGGAAAUGGACCGUAUGGACGACGCAGGCUUUGCCGCUGCUACUAAGCUUAUGGAAAAACUUGCACACGAAAGGGGGCAAAGCAUUAGAGGUUUGAAGGAAACUUCAGUCAUGGACCCAGACCGGGAGUUUUUCUUCACCAAAGGAGCUCUCGAAGUGGGCAGGUACCAUCCCGUCACUCUAUCUCAAGAUUUGGCACUCAAAUCACAAAAGUCUGGAGCCGCGACACUUCAAAUAGGGCGCCCAGGACUACUGCAGUCACUCAAGUGGAUCGACCUUAUAACACCAAAUCCGGCACACAAUGAGAUCGUCGUCGAGCCUCGGUGUGUGGGCUUGAAUUUCAGGGAUGUACUCCUCUGCAUGGGUAUUGUAGAGGCAAACGAUGUCAGCAUCGGCCUGGAAGGAUCUGGCAUAGUCACGAAGGUCGGAAGCGGUGUCACUGGGCUUCAGCCAGGAGACCGCGUUUUCUACCUUGCAGACAAAUGCUUCUCAACUGAACUAACUGUAUUGGCCGAUCGAUGUGCCAAGAUCCCUUCUUCGCUACCAUUUGAGCAGGCUGCGACGAUGCCGUGCGUUUAUGCUACUGUGAUCCACUCUUUGCUUGAUAUGGGUGGAUUAAAGUCCGGCAUGUCGAUUUUGAUUCAUUCUGCAUGUGGCGGCAUCGGCAUUGCUGCUCUUAACAUAUGUCAGAAUAUCCAAGGCCUAGAGGUAUACGCCACGGUCGGAAGCGAAGUCAAAAUUGAGUACUUGAUGCAAAAUUUCGGCCUUAAACGGGAACAGAUUUUCAAUUCUCGAGACACAUCAUUUCUGCAUGAUGUGCGAGUUGCUACAAAGGGUCGGGGAGUUGACCUUGUGCUUAACAGUCUCUCUGGUGAGCUACUCCAUGCUUCAUGGCAAUGCGUUGCCCCCUAUGGAAAGAUGCUUGAGAUUGGCAAAAGAGACUUCAUUGGGAAGGCCCGCCUGGAUAUGGAUCUCUUUGAAGCAAAUAGGAGUUUCAUCGGCAUUGAUCUGGCUCGAUUUGAUGCGACUCGAUGCCAAAGGUUGCUACAGCGAACGGUAGAUAUGCUCACAACAGGGUCAAUCAGACCUAUAGAGCCCAUCAAAGUCUUCGAUGCGACCGAGGUCGAGGCGAGUUUUCGGUAUAUGCAGAAAGGUACGCACCUUGGUAAGGUUGUGGUGUCAAUUCCAGAGAAAGGUAUGGGCCUACCGAAGACACUACAGACACCGUACGUUGGGCUUAAUCCAUCGGCUACCUACAUGCUCGUAGGUGGACUGGGUGGUUUGGGACGCGCUGUUGCAACGUGGAUGGUAGAAAGAGGGGCACGUCACCUUAUGUUCCUUUCGCGUUCUGCUGGUCAAAGUACCAACGACCAAGCUUUUUUCUGGGAGUUGCAAUGUCAAGGCUGCACAGCACAGGCUGUCCAAGGCGACGUAACAGAUAUAGCAGAUGUUGAGCGCGCAAUGGCGUCUGCGCUUCCAGGAAAGCCCAUCCGGGGUAUUCUGCAAAUGUCCAUGGUACUUUGCGACAAGGCCUUUGCGGAUAUGGAUCUGGAGGACUGGCAAACAACGGUCAAGGCCAAAGUAGAGGGCACAUGGAACCUUCACCGCGCUGCACCACAAGACCUCGAUUUUUUAUUCGUCACUGGAUCUAUCAGCGGCUCAUUCGGUAUGCCUGGCCAAGCAAAUUAUGCUGCCGGUAACACAUAUCUUACUGCAUUCACUCAGCAUCGUCAAGCACUCGGUCUGCCCGCUUCAGUACUUCAUGUUGGUCUGAUGGAGGACAUUGGUUAUCUCGCUCAAAAUCCGACAAGGGCUGAAGCACUUAGGGCCGCUGGUGGAUUCUUUCUGCGUACCCGCCAAUUGCUGGAAGGAAUCAACUGGGCUCUGACUCCGAGUGCGGGCAAGCCAGAUCACUUGAACCAUCAGCUCACCAUUGGCUUGCGAUGCGAGAAGCCAUUGCUGGACCCUGCUAACCGUGUCAUCUGGAAAAAGGACUCUCGCAUGGGCCUAUAUCACAAUCACAACGCGUCAAACAUUACCGCUGGUGGUCCUGAGGACAACGAAACUGACGCCCUUCGUCUCUUCAUGGGCUCAAUUGACGCUGAACCGGGUCUUCUUGACGAACAGGGUUCGCUAGACUUUGUGACACGCAUCAUCGGCACCCGUGUUUAUACCUUUAUGCUUCAUCCGCUCGAGGAUAUGGACUUGACUGCGUCGCUGACAUCCUUGGGCGUGGACUCUUUGGUCACCAUAGAGCUGCGUAACUGGAUCAAGCGCAGUUUUGGUGGUCUAGAGUUCAGUACCUUAGAGAUCCUCGACGCUCGUACUAUCGACGGCUUGGGUAGACUGACAAUAGACGCACUGAAGACACGAUUGGGGAAGGUAGGUGUGGAUCAAAAAGGCGAUGCAUACCUAGAUAUGAAGGCCCCAUAGACUCAAACCUAGGUUCUGAUGCUACACGACAUGUCGAGUCAAUCCAUCAAGCUUCAUGCUUAUGGGGAGUUCUAUAGCCAACAUAACUUGAACUCUUCACAACUUCAUAUUUCCUUUUUCAAAGACAGGGCUGUACUAUGGAAGGGUGGUCCUGGAACUGUUUUUUCGUACACGUACAGUAUUCCAAUUAGAGCGAAAUGUAUCAAGUGAUUUGUAUUCAUUUAUUGUCUUUAGAAAGGAAAAUUAAAUCCCAGAAUUGAAU